UCUGCUGUUCAAGGACUUUAAUCACUCUGUUUCAAUCUUCACAAGCGACCAAGAAACCCAUCUUUCAUUCACUGUUUCCAUGCAAUGGAGAACCUUCUCAAUAACAGCUCCCCCUUCGUCACCGAGCCGUCCCAGACCGUUCCCUCCUCGUACGAGCUGAACUGCAGCGUCUGGGACCAGCAGUGGGGAGCUCUGUACCUGCAGAGAUCAGCCCACCUGGACCUGCAGCUCUACCAGGCUUACUACGCCCUCUGGGUCGCCCUCAUGGUGUGUAACUCUCUGAUGCUGGUGGUUGGUGUGGUCCUCAACGGUCUGGCUCUCUACAUCUUCUGUGGGGCGUCCAGUCGCUCUUCAGCCCCGGUAGUGUACACCAUAAACCUGGCCAUCGCUGACCUGCUGGUGGCGCUGUCGCUCCCCGCCCGCAUCGCCCUGUACCACAGCGGGGGCAGCUGCGUGGCCUGCUCCUACGUCCACACAUUCAGCUACUUUGUCAACAUGUACUGCAGUAUCCUGUUCCUGACCAGUAUCUCUGUAGAUCGGUACCUGGCUGUCGUCCACGUGUCCGGGACUCUGCACCGCUGGAGGACGGCAGGAGCAGCCCGGUGUGUCAGUGCGACUGUCUGGUUCACUGCAAUCGUGGUCACCUACUCCUUCCAGACCACAGCACUGAACGCUGGCUCCUCCUGCGUGGUCCUCCCUGCCCACUUCUACCUGACGGUGCUGGAGUUCCUGCUGCCCAUGCUGGCCGUCGUGGGCUUCACUCUCCGUCUCACCUGCUUCCUCUCCUCCGGCCACAGCCUGAGGCCGCAGCACAGCCGAGCCAGGAAGACCCGCGCCAUCAGGCUGCUGGCCACCGUGCUGGUGGUCUUCACCGUCUGCUUCACGCCCUUCCACCUGCGGCAGGCGCUGGCUUACUUCCAGGUCAGGGCCGCAGGAGGGGAGGGGGCCGGGCAGGGGGCCGGGCAGGGGGCCGGGCACGUCCUGGCCUACCACAUCACCAUGAGCCUGAGCAGCCUGAACAGCUGCCUGGACCCCGUCGUCUACUGCUUCGUCACGGACAGCUUCAAGAGGAUGUGGAGGACGAGGAUGAGGGGAGGCAUGGAGAGGGAUGAGGAGGUGGGGAAUUCAAGUGGAAGAGAAGAGGACAGGAAUUCGGUGAAGAAAUGCUCGGGCACGGCCCUGGCUAUAGCCCAGAGUGUGGCCACGCUCACCCUCACCAGCACUCCUCUCUCCGUCGCCUCCACAGACCCGUCGGCCUAGACACGAGCCUCCCCUGGGAGAAAGACAGAGCCAAAAGAGCGAUGGUAAAUGACACAAGAUAAGCAGGUGAGACAUGGAACAUUUUCCUUCAAAAUGAACAAGAAAACCACUUCACCAGCUGUCCCAUCUUCAUCAUUUACAUAUCCUCAUCCUCUCCACCCUCACCUCCUCAGUGAGUCUCAUGAGAGCCAACACUGGGCUACAAAAGGGAACUUUUGGUGCAAA